CAAAGAUGAAGAAAUUAUCGAAAAAGGGCAGCAAGAAGGCUUGCGGUGCGGGUAUGAAGAAAGCACCCGCACCAGGUGGAAGCCAAGCGUCGUCCGCUAAGAAGAAAGCGACCACCUCCUCUACUACGAAGGGACGAAAGAGUACCAAGAAGGUCACUUCCAAGGGUAAGAAGAGCUCUACGUCAAAGGCUUCCUUUUUCGAUGAUGACGAAGACUCUAUCGACGAGGGCGAUGGUGUGUUCGACGAAGCAGAUGAGCGCAAGUACGGCGAAACCAUCGACACUAUCUUCGAGCGCCAGGGUUUGGAUAAGCGCGGGAAGAAAGUCUCCUCCGGGUCUUCUUCGUCGCAGAAGAAGAAGAAAGGAAGUGCUGGUAGCGACGACGAUGAUGCCUUUUUCGGUGGUAGCGAUGACGAUGAGGAUGGUCCGACUGAUUUGUUGUCACUGAUGGAAAGCAUGACCUCAAAGCAGGACAAGAAACAAGCGACAGCGAGUGCAAGCGAACAAGAAAAGCUUGUACGAGAUGUGGAAGCAGUUACGGGAACUAGAAAGACAGGAGAUGCGGCAGCCGCAACAACAAACCGACUGGCUAAUGUCGAUGAAAGCAUGACUCAUCUGAUCGAGGACUCCGAUCACGUCAAUCUCGCCGAUCUGCUUCGGCCCUUGCGAGAGGACACGACUUCCGCUUGCGCGGUAGGAGGUGCUGAAGAUCUCGAUUCCGCAGAAACUACGACUAAAACCACAACGACGAAAACCAGCACAGGCCAGGUCCAAAGACAGUUACAGCAGUUAGAGGAAGCUGUUGAGAAGCUCGAGAACCAAGAGCCGGUUCUCGGAGAAGUGAAACAAGCGCGAAAGGAGAGGGAGAUGAACUAUGAACAGACCAAGAAGGACGUGAGACGUUGGGAUGCGCAAGUGAAGGCGAACAAGGAUGGAAGGCAGCUCUUAUUUGGCGAUUACGAAGACUUGCUGGAAAACCGGAGCACGAAGAGUUUAGCUGCGGCAUUUCGGUUUCAGACAGGUACUCAAUUGACUCCGACGAAUCAAAAAAGAGAUUUGAUUUCUUUCUACUACGAGUUCUCCCUAAAAAUCGUAAAGUGAUGUUGUAAAAGUCGGUGAUCUACUACAUCGACGACACAACUUGUUGUUAUUGUUAAUGCUUCACCAACUCCAACAUCAACAUAAAUAUCUCUCACAUGAUCCAACAUCUUCAGCUUCCAACUCCCUUGCCGGAUCGAAAGUAGAUUCGUUUGAGGCUGAGAUCGCUCAGGCUUUGCGUGAGACAAAGCAGGAAGUGGAGGGACAGAAGCAGGCAGAAGCUGCUAUUGAUCUGGAUGGAACCAGUCAACAGAUUCGCGAAGCGAAGCGUGCUCAGCAAAUGGCACAACUGCGUGCUUUGCAAGUAAGGGAACUCACACGAGCCAAGCGGUUGAAGAAGAUUAAAUCGAAAUCUUUUCACCGAGUCAAAAAACGCAUCGAUAACAAAGAACGAGAAAAGGUACAAACUUUAACUUAUUCAAUUUAUCAAUCAGUGAAUUUUUUUUGAAUUUUUUUUUGAAAGACAAAGACUUUCUAUCCUUAUUGCAUGCCACUAUAAAAAUUUCCUCUUCAGAUUCUCUCCCGUUUGGAGCAAGAGGAUCCGGAACUGGCUGCGAAUUUGAAGCGCGAGAUGGAGGAGAAAAUGGCGCAAGUUCGAUCCCGUCGCGGCGCUGACGCGCGUAAGAAGUGGGCUCGGAUGGCCAAUCGCUUUGGCGGUAAGGAAAUGCAGUCCGUGAUAUCCACACAAGCUCAGAAAGCCGAAGACGACAAGCGAGCUUUGCAGAGGGCUUUAAAGGCCAAGGAAGGUCGUAUUGGACGUGGAGGAAAUGGGGAUGAUAGUGAUAGCGAUUUGGACUUGAGCGAUGAGGAAUUGGACCCCUUGGAGAAAGCGGAGAUGUUAGCGAAAAAGGAGUUACACGCAACGAAGAAUCCGUUGGAGGAAACAGGUAGUGGCAGUAAAGGAUUAUUUGGCAUGAAAUUUAUGCAGGAAGCAAUGGCCAAGAAACGCGAAGGUGCCGCGAAACAAGCAGAGGAUUUGUUACAAGAGAUAGGCAGUUGGAGGAAAAAGGCUGGAAUGAAAAAAGGUUCUGACGACGAAGGUCAAUCUGGCGAUGAGGAUGCUGAAGAGACAAGAAAUAGAAGAGACGACGAUGAUACUAGUGAUGAAGGUAGCGAUUCCGAAGGUUCAGUGGACAACGAGGACCACGCGAAGCCUGCCUUUAGCAAGGAGGACAUCGAGGCAGCGGAGAAAGCACUUGGAAGCGGUGCGGUAGAAGACGACCUUGUCCCUGAACAGGAGGAGAUGAAGGAUUCAGUAAUAGUUGGAGCGUCAGCAGCAACUUCGUCUUCUUCGUCACCUCAAGGCGACGAGGGCGCAAUAUCUCGGAAAAGAAAGGCUGCUGAUCAAGAAGAGCAGCCAGGCUUGUCAAAUACCGCGCAAGCAUCUUCAAUAAAAUCAACAAAGAGAAAAAAGAAGGAGAAUAAGAGCAAGACCACUACUAGCUCUGGUGUUGUUGCGCCAUACCUCAGACCCCAACAGAAGUCCAAUGAGGGAACUGAUAGCGAAUUCGACGGGAAUGAUAGUGAGGAUUCCGAAAACGCAGAUUCUUCGGAUGAUGAGGGAGACCAGCAUGACCCUUUCGCUGCUGUCGAUGCAGCAGAUGAGAGUAAUGCAGAGCUGAUUCGGAGCUCCUUCGCCGCUUUCAGCGGGGAUGCUCAGGCAGACUUUGAUGCUGAAAUCAAUGAUGGAUUGCAGAAAAAGCAAGACAAGAUCGACGCAGAGGCCAACAAGAUGACAGGUUGGGGAUCCUGGGCUGGUCUUGGGGUGGAACCAAGAAGAAAACCAAAGGAACAACACAACGCGAACAAGAAUCAGAGCGAGUUUAAGCCAAAGCAAGUCACCACGACUCUGUUCCAGCAAUCAAAACGCCCAUCAGCUUCUUCAACACCAGGAGCUGUUCCGUCUCCAGUCUCCUCUGCCAAGGUGACUCUGCUCGACGACGGUGCACCCGCUGCGGCUUGGCGAGAGAAAUAUCAAGUCCAAAAUGUUCCGUAUCCGUUCCAGUCAAGAGAGCAGUACGAAACUGCGAUGGGGCGACCCAUGGGCCAGGAGUGGAAUACGGGAGCCAUGCACAAGCGCAAGAUUCAGCCACAAGUUGUCACACGACUCGGCGCAGUGGUACAACCCUUGCAAUUUAUCAAACACGCCUCGACGGCAGAGGAACGGGACGUCAUGCUCGACGGGUGGAAGAAGAAUCACAAGCCAAAGAAACCAAAGGCGAGGUUCUGAGACGCUGAAUUUUGGGACGUCGCUCCACCAUUUGCUUACGUUGAUAUUCAUUUCUUUGCGUAUUAUUGUUGCAAUACUUGAUACGCGCAGGUCCUAGAUGAAUGAUCUCUUCUCACCCCCACACUGACACCACAACCAUGAAAUAUGCAUCAAACAACUGUUUUCAAUAGCGCUUUGGCGAAGAACACAACUUCCAAUGUAGUUCCCGAUAGACUGCUAUCUAACACAGCACCAUGAAAAUUUGGUAUUUGUUUACCGUUGGUUUUCCACCGCAGUUCUGUUGUACUUGUACUUUUUUCAGAAGAGAUGCUCGGUGAAAAAUGUCACAUGACUGUAAAUAAUGGAACAUCGAUUAAUACCGCUGUAGCACGGUAAAGAAAGAAGAAUUUGAAUGGAUAAGAAAGUGAUAUUCUGAAAAGCC